CGGACUUAUUUCCUAGAAAGUUAUUUUUUAUAUUUUAAUAUCGAGCAACAUGCUCGUUUUCAAUUUCCUUAUCGUAACAAUUGCUAUAUAUUGUGAGAUUAAAUCUGUUACUCUUGAUAAUCUAAAACUCGAUGAAAAUAAUGCACCAACAAGUAAUAUUAACUUCGUAGAAGCAAUUAAAAAAGAUCUUAAACGUAACAACGACGACUACAAGGAAAUGAUUCAAAAAAGUGCGAUACCGAAUAAUAAGAAAGCAAAAGUUAUUACAGAUAACGAAACUAAGAAUAGAGCAUCGGCAAAUAUGGAUAAGAAAGGCUAUAGAAGAAAAAAUGGCGGGUCAUACCAAGAAUAUGAGUAUGAGGAUACAAUCAAACUUUUUAGUAAAUCGUCAUUCAUAUUUAAAAGUAACAAUAAAAGCAUAACGCCCUACACAGUACGUUUUCCGCAGAAAAUUAAUAGAAAUCACUCGAGAUUUGACAAACGCCACAAUUUAAUAUUAUCCAUACCGAACCGAACACCGAAUACAUACCAAGCCAUAAAAAACUUCUCUCCCACUUCUUCCAUAAGGAAAUUAAAUUUUCAACCACCAAGUGAAAUUCCGAAGUUUAUUAAUAAAAAUAAAAUAGACAAAUUUAAAAGGUUUAUGAAAAAAAAUCAAGGUUUGUUAAAAAAUUUCGUAAGUAGUAAUCAAGCAGCACUGAGGCAGACUCCAUUCAAGGAGGUAUCUAUGCACAUGGAUAAUCUUGAAUUGCUCAAACCGAAGCUUUCACGCAAGGGGAUAAAAAAUAUUCAAAGACACGGAGGCAAAAACGACGGCGAGCUACCCAGCCCCGAGUUGCUGGACAUGGCCCCAGCUAUAGGUGGCCGCAUACAUAAGAGACGGGUCAAGGGUCAGCUGUGCCACCGGCACGUGCUGUUGCCCGAGGGCCCUAAGUACGACAGUAGGGGGCGCUGGUACUUGCCGGCGCACGAGCUGAUCGCCAAACAUCCCUUUAACGCCACGCACCAGCCCGUGAUGCUGCUUCCGCGCUGCUGCAACUGCUGCAAGAAGUCUGUUCUAGGAUGCGAAUAAAAGCUCAUUUGUAUAUUAUUUUGAUUUAACAAGAAAACUUAACAAUUAGUGAUAAUUAUAUUUGCCUUGACGUAUAAUCACGUUGUAAAGUUUCCAAGCUUUACUUUCCAAGAAAAAAGGUUAAGUUAAAAUGCCAGAAUGUAUUAUACUCUCUCGUUCUAAUGUUUAAGAAGUAGCGAAUAGCGAUACUAAUUAUUGAUUAAAUUAAUUUUAAAACGAGACAUUGCGUCUUAAUUAUUACGAUUAUUUGCUACUUAAAAUAACUACAAUUUUCUAGUCAAUAAUUAUUGUAAAAGUACAAUAUUUUUUUCUACCGGUAUAAAAAAUAAGCUUUACAUUACCUCCUAGGUUUGUCGAGUCGUUUUGACGUCAAAAUUAAGAGAACUUACUUCAAGUUUUCCUGACAUUAGUAAAAGAAAGAAACAAAAAUAAAACACCACAUAUUGACAAUAUUAUAUUAUUACUCGCUACAGUAUUACCUCGUAAUUGUUACGACUCAACACGAACUGGCGUCUGGCACACACGCAUACAUCUCCUCACUCACACACUCACACACGCACACACGCACACGCGCACACACUGUUGUAUUACAUCGUAAUAAUUUACAAAACAAGUUGCGCAUUCGUUAGUGUGAAACAACAACACUGCAGUAUCACAUAGUAUAUACAAAGUCGUAACUAUCUCCGUGUAUCGUAUUAACAAGUUUCAAAUCUUACCUCUCGCUUUAUUACAGCGCAAACUUUCUGCGACAUUUACUGAUAAAAAACUGUGACUUUUCUCGUUUCAUUCCAGUUAAUACAAGAUGUAAACAAUAUGCCGAAAAUACAAAUAGCUUUGUGUGAUAAAGGCAUGUUUCGUAAUCAUUUCUGCUACAGUAGCUCACAAUUUACAAUCAUUUAGCUAAGAUUAUCUAAAUCGUCAAUUUAUGGCGAAAAGAUCGAAUGAUGUUUAGACUGUAUACAAUAAAGAGACGGAUAAUAUUUUUAAUACAUUUAUAACUGGUCAUUACAAUCCAAUUUAUACUAACCGUAAACAAAUUAAAAUGUUCAAUUUAUAGCUCGAUAAUGGCUUUCAUUUGUUUACGUCAUCAUUAAUAAAAAAUAUAACAAUGAAUUUGA